AUCCUCUCACAUUUACCAAACGCACCUGCCUGAGGACGAGCCUCCUCCACAGAAGGACAAACAAACUAGAGCCAUACGUCACUGCCAGGGAGGAACUACAGAGAGGUCUUUCAAGUCCUGAGUUUCAUCUGAAGCAACUGAAAGAUCAAAUCAGCCCUUCACGAUGGUGUCUGCUGGGUUACAAAUCCUGGGAGCAGCUCUAGGGAUCAUAGGAUGGAUCGGUGCCAUAAUCGUGUGCGCCAUCCCCAUGUGGAAGGUCACUGCUUUUAUCGGCGCAAACAUCGUGACCUCGCAGACCUCAUGGGAAGGUAUUUGGAUGAACUGUGUGCACCAGAGCACUGGCCAGAUGCAGUGUAAGGUCUACGACUCCAUGCUGGCCCUCAGCUCUGACCUGCAGGCUGCCCGGGCUCUGGUCAUCAUCUCCAUCGUGGUGGGCAUCCUGGCUAUCCUGCUCUCCGUAGCCGGGGGGCAAUGCACCAACUGUGUGGAGGAUCCGGCGUCCAAGACCAAGGUGGGCAUUGCAGCUGGAGUUAUGUUCAUCGUAGCCGGGGUCCUCUGCCUCAUCCCUGUCUGCUGGACGGCCCACACCAUCGUGCAAGACUUCUACAACCCCCUGUUAGUCAGUUCCCAGAAGAGAGAGUUGGGUGCCGCGCUCUACAUCGGAUGGGGGGCCGCCGCCCUGAUGCUGAUCGGAGGGGGGCUGCUCUGCUGCAACUGCCCCCCUAAGGAAGAAGGAGCCUACACUGCAAAGUACAAAGCCCCCAGAUCUGAUGCCUCAGCACCAGCCUCCAUCAAAGACUAUGUCUAAAAAAGAGCUAGGAGUUAGUAAACGCUUCCUGAAGCAAUGUUUACUGGGACAGAUGCACUGGUGCUACUGGGUUGUGAGUGUUGAAACUGAGUUUUAUUCCACAUAAGAGGGUCAAAGGAAAUAAACAGCGAGAAAGGAACCACACCCAAAGAGGAUUCAAUUUGAAUUGUUCACACAGUUACUUGUAUAUGUUUGGUUGUUAAUAUGAAUAUCGGUCAUUUUGUAAGUGUUUUUCAUAGAAAUAUGAAAAUGAUAUAAUCUUAUUUGAAACGCUAUACGUGGGUAUCUUUUUUUAAAAGUAAGUGUAUGAGAUUUGUUUAAAUGCUAGUUACACUGUAAAUAAAUAUUUUGUUUACAAACCACA